ACAAGUUGCGCACACACGACGGCCUCCACAUAGCAGCAUGACGUCCAAGCCACCAUAUGCAGGUAAGAAGCGGUGUAUAACGGUCUUCGGGAUCAAUGUUGGUACGACUCUCAGUGCGUAUCGUUGCCAAGUGCUGGACCCCCGGGAGGAGCCCCAGAUAUUCAGCGUAACGUAUAUUCCGAGCGGGAUUGUGAGAACAAAAUUAUCAAGGGAAGUGGAGAUCCCGUCGGUUCUUUACUACAGCGAGGAUGGAGAGGUCUGCGCGAUCGGCCCAGAAGCUCAAGCUCGAUCUGCCGCUUCACAGUUGGAAGCGAUGACUAGGCAUGGGAUACUGGUGGGCUGACACAGAGCAGGAUCAAUUCUUGAAUCCUACCGCAAAAGUGCUCAACGCAGGGACUUGAAACCGCUGAAUAUCCGC